AUGACUAGCUCACCAUCAAAUGUGAUUUCCACAACGUGGUCGGAGUUGGCAUUGGACAGCAGAAUAUUGGAAGCCGUUAAACGCCUUCAUUGGGAAACACCAACACCAGUGCAGAGUGCGUGCAUCCCACUCGCAUUGAAGGGACGUGAUCUCGCCGUGCAGUCUCGCACAGGCAGCGGUAAAACAGCGGCGUUUCUCAUUCCAAUUUUACAACGUAUUAUUACAGAGAAUGAGCAAAUGUGCAAUCGUCGUGCAGGACGAAACCCUGCUGCCCUUAUUUUAUUACCAUCCGUGGAGUUAUGCGAGCAAACGGUGGAGGUGGCUAGUGCAUUAUCAAAGUACGUGAAACCAAGAAUUGUUGUGGAUAAUUUAACAUCUCGUGGGGCUAUCACUAAAGCACGUUUGGCAUCUGCUCCAAUUCUCAUUGCUACCGCAGCCUUACUGGGAAAACAGUGUCGUAAUGGUACAUUGACAGCAGAAGAGUUUAAAUCUCUCCGAUGUGUUGUGAUUGAUGAAGUUGAUUUAAUGAUGUCCAUUGCGGAAAGUUCAGUACGAGCUGUACAAUCAAUUUUGCCACCCUCUAUACAAACUAUUCUUUGUUCAGCAACACUUACAGACGCAGUGGCACAUAUAAAAGGACAACUACUUCACAAUCCUGUUACUAUCACACUGAAUACUGGGGAUGAUGAUGAUGAUGAUAAUGAUGAUAAUAAUAAUGGUAAAAAUGGGAGUAUUACAACACCAGGAGAAAAUCUCGUUGUGGAAGCGCGUAAGAUAGUACGUGGAGGAACAGCGGAUGAAAAAUUGCAGCAUUACUAUCUUGUGGCAACAGAUGAGUGUCAUCAUCAUACUCUCCUUUAUUCCUUGUACCGUCUUGGACACAUUAAAGGAAAAACAUUAAUUUUCUUGAGUACUGAAGAUGCCAUGUACAAAUUACACAGUUUCUUGGUACAAUUGGGUGUCGAUGCACUUGUUUAUGAUUCUAAUUUACCGCUUAAUGUUCGUAUGGAUGCUCUUCAUCGAUUUCAAAUUGGAUCUGCCAACACUCUUGUCUGUACAGAUGGCACACUGGAAAGCAUCGAUCGUCUACAGGAAACCUCUAUAGGUGAGGGAGAAGUGACAACAUCUACGCUAAACAAGAAGGGGAAAAACACGGUCAGCAGUGAUCACAUUGCAUUACAGCGUGGUAUUGACUUUUCAGAUGUACGUAAUGUUAUUCUCUUUGACGGCAUUACAGUUCCAUCCACAACGGCGUUUUCGCGUUACACUCACCGAGUUGGGCGUGCCGGACGUGCCGGUAAAAGUGGCAUGGCGAUUACACUCUUCUCUCUACAGCAGGCAAAGAAAGUGACGCGGCCGCUGCGUGAGUAUCUCGCCAAAACACAAGACCCCCUCCAGCCGUUUAAACAACUGCAGCGCAGAGAGUCGGCUAUGCUGCAGUACCGUGUUGAUAACAUUCUCGCCAGUAUCACUAGAUCCUCCACCCGACGCCAACGUAUUGCUGCCGUGGCCACAGAACUCACACGCAGUGCCUAUCUCAACAGCCAUAUGAGUCAAAAGGACGGCGACGCCCUCCACCGCAUUCUCUCACGAUCUAGAAAGGAAGUGAAGUGCGACUCGGCACUGCUGGAUGUGCCACACUAUAUGCACAUUGAGAAGGCAGACUCCGCCGAUCACUACAGGAAACGUGUCAGCGCGAAGGCACGAUCAGCCUCAGCAACCUCUCGGCGGUCAACUAAGAAGACACGUGAUCCACUCAGUAGUGUGGCUAGCGCAGUGAAAAUGAGUGCAACCAAGAAACGGCGCCUCUAA